AUGGAUUUGAGUACAACAGUGAAUUACAAAUCGAAUGAUCGUGCUGAAUCAAUUAAUGCUGAGCAUUUAUUACAACUUUGUUCGACAACAAACAAUGAUGAAUUAUAUGGCUUUACUUAUAGCACUGAAAAUUUUCCAAUUAUUUUGAAUAGUACAUUGAAUGAUUUAACUCAAUCAACAGUGCAUUUAAAAAAUGAGCAAAAAGUACUACGCUAUGUUGAUGCAAUAUUUUUUUGUCGUAAGGGUAAUUUACAAAUAGAUGAUGACAAUGGUGCUAUGAAUUUUAUCACCAGUUCAUUUUAUCAUAAAUUAUUGGCAGAUUAUUAUCAGCUGAUAAUAUCACCAAAAGAAAUUGAAACUAUUAAUAAUAUUCGUGCAGAAUGUUUGCAUAAAGGAAAUAUAAAUACCGGUGAUUCAUGUAUUGCAAUUAUCGAAGGAAAAGCAGAUUUUAUUCCUCAUUUUGAUGUUGGAUUAUUUCAUAUGCAUAAUUUAGCACAAUUUGAAGCAUCGGAUCUUAUUAAAAAUUACUUUCCACAACAAAAAUAUGAAUCAUUUCCAAUCGAUUAUCUUGCAUUAGGAAAUAAAUUAUUUUGUGGGUCAAAAUAUAUUGUAGCUGGCAAAAAUGGCGCAGAUAAACAUUUCGAUCAUUCCGAAUGUGUAACAUUAUCAACACCUGAUUUCUAUUAUCAGUUAUGUUGUUGCGAUGAAGAAUUCAAAGUUUGCGGUACAUUAAAGGAUGAUUUAAAAAUUGAUCUAAGCCAACCGAUAUUUUUAAUAAACGAUUCACUCGAUGAACCAAAUAAAUUAGCAAAAUAUGAAUUAGAUGAGAAGUCAAUACGUAAGAAAUAUCAAAAUAAAUUGGAUGAAAGAUAUAGAAAGAAGUCACAAAUUGUUUGUGCUAUUGGAAUGCUCAAAACAAAUGAAACAUUAAGCGAAAAUCGAUUAAUAAAUGAAGCAUUUCCGGCUAAUGUUAGUUCAUGUCGAUCCAUUUAUCAUUAUACGAAAAAAAUUGGUGAAGAAUAUCAAAUGUAA